CUUGAGCCUGGCUGGCAAGCAGGUCUCGUAACAUAUUCUUCCUUUCCCUCGUCUUCAGUCAUCAUGUCCUCCGAAGACAUAGCCGAAGAGAUCCGUGCCAGCUUCCCCGGUACUGAAGAGGUCAUCGUCCAGUACCUCGCCGGCUACCUGAUCGACGAUGCGGGGGAAGAGGAAGAUGUCCUUCAGGUGGCGCGCGACAUCCUCGCCUCAGUUGCCGGCAACAAGAUCGAGGUCCUGGAGAAGCUCAUGGCCAAGCUCGCCGAUCUGCUCGAGGAUCAGUUGCAGGCGAGGAUGAAUAAUAGGAAAGGACCGAAGAAGCUGGACAAGGUGCUGGAUAUGAGCAAGACGCAGAUGUCUUCGACCAUCGGUCUCGGUCAGGGUGUGGAUUUGGAGUCUAUCAACAAGGGCAAAGCGUCUCGGGUCGAUGUCAAGAAGCUCGAGAAGCAGGAGGCGAAGCUCAGAGCCAAAAUUGAGAAACGCGCUCGUCGCGAUCUUUACGAAGGCUCCAAGUUGCUCGAUAGCCACAAGAAGCAGCAAACGUACGAAGAGAUGUUCAUGAAGAUCAAUUCCUUGGAAGCCAGCAAUGCCGGAAAGAACAAGAGCAAGGAUAUUCACUUGCCUUCCAUCGAUGUCAACUUCGGGUCAAAUCGUAUUUUGUCUGGCGCGAGCUUGACAUUGGCAUAUGGUCGCCGGUACGGUCUCAUUGGUCGUAAUGGUGUUGGUAAAUCCACCCUCCUGCGCCACAUCGCCCUCCGCGAAGUUCCCAUUCCUGCCCAUAUUACUAUCCUCUUUGUUGAGCAAGAGAUCGUCGGCGACGACACAACCGCGCUCGAAUCCGUCCUCAAAGCCGACGUCUGGCGCGACUCCCUCCUCCGCGAGGAGGCCGAUCUUAACGCGCGCCUCUCGGAGCUCGACAAGGAGGGCGACGACAAGCGGUUCGAGGACGCGCGGGAGGAAGCCUCUGCCCGCCUCGCGGACGUGCACGCAAGGCUCUCGGAUAUGGAGGCGGAGAGCGGGCCAGCGAGGGCAGCGUCCUUGCUAGCGGGACUGGGCUUCAGUGAGGCAGACCAGCAGAGGCCGACGAAGUCGUUCAGUGGUGGUUGGCGUAUGCGAUUGGCGUUGGCGAGAGCGCUGUUCGUGAAGCCCGCCCUUCUACUUCUCGAUGAGCCUUCCAAUCACAUCGAUCUCAACGCCUUGGCAUGGCUCGAAGAUUACCUGCAAACAUGGCCGGGAACAAUCCUUGUCGUCUCUCACGACCGUGCUUUCCUCGACGCCGUGGCAACAGACAUCAUCCACCAACAUUCCGAGCGUCUCGAUUACUACAAGGGCAACUUCACGCAAUUCUACUCCACGAAGUCAGAGCGCGACCGGAACCUCAAGAAGGAGUACGAGACGCAGAUGGAGUACCGCCGGCAUCUGCAGGCCUUCAUUGAUCGUUGGAGGUACAAUGCAAACCGGGCCGCGCAAGCACAGUCGAAGAUCAAGAUUUUGGAAAAGCUCCCCGAACUGCACCCACCGGAAGAGGAAGAAACCGAGAAGUUCAGGUUCCCCGAGACCGAGAAGAUCUCGCCACCGUUGUUGCAAGCCAACGAGAUUACCUUCGGGUACACCCCGGACAAGCUCGUCCUCAAGAACGUCAACUUCGACGUCGGGCUGGACAGUCGAGUCGCCAUUGUCGGUGCCAACGGUGCCGGUAAAUCCACUUUGAUUAAGCUCCUCACAGGCGAGCUGAACCCGCUCGGUGGACAUGUAACACGGAACGGGCGGUUGAGGAUCGGCUACUUCGCGCAGCAUCAUGUUGACACGCUGGUGCCGACCAUGACGCCUGUGCAAUUCCUUGCGUCGCGCUUCCCUGGGAAGACCGAGCAGGAGUACCGUCAACACCUCGGGAAUUUCCAAAUCAGUGGGAUGACCGGCUUGCAACUCAUCGGCACGCUUUCCGGAGGUCAAAAGUCGCGCGUCGCAUUCGCACUGCUCUCUUUGCAACAGCCGCACGUCCUCUUGCUUGAUGAGCCGACUAACCACCUCGAUAUCGAGGGUCUUGAUGCCCUGAUGGAUGCAUUGUUUAGCUGGAACGGCGGCGUAAUCAUCAUCUCCCACGACGAGCGCUUCAUCACCAAGGUCGCAAAAGAGCUCUGGGUGUGCGGCGAUGGCACCGUGACGAAGUUCAUGGGCGAUGUGCAGAGUUACAAGCAAUUGAUUGUCAGCAACAUCAAGAUGAGGCCUUGAAGUGGCCUGCGGCUGAGCUUCGUUGUGUUGCGUGUGUAUGUAUACUAUUUGUACGUGCGAUGGCAGGCGCUUUGAAGGCGACCCCUGCCAUGCUUGACUGAUAUGACAGAGGCGAAGGUCGUCUCUUACGUGGUCACUUCAGCUGGCUAUGACUUGUUCCACGGUCUCCAUGUCGCUUGGCCGCCCUAUCGCCGC